UGUGAUUUUAUCAAGCUACUUCAAUUUGGGGUAACAGACUCUCGUCGUGCUCAUUUCAACUUAUUUUCUCUUAAUAUUAUUCUUUCUCACAGAAAUUCGAGACAAAGCAGUUAAGUUAUACGGAACUUUUAUUCACUUGGCAUUUCGUCUUUUCAGAUGAACUGCUGUGCGCCAUCCAAUAUAAACAUCAAAAGCUUGUUCUCAAAUCAUGGGAAUCAAAGGGUAUCAUCACUUCAAGUUAGAGAAGGCAGUAACUCUAGCCGGACCGUGUUAAAGUUUGCAAUGUUGCAUGAUCAUACUCGGAAUGUUCGGCGUUCACAUGCUACGUCUUGUUUGCCCAACGGAGAUGGUGGUGUCAGACGAGAGUCUCAUGGGAUCACAAACAAAGAUGGGGUGAUUAUUGUUGAUCAUGGAUCACGUCGAAAAGAGUCUAAUCUUAUGCUAAAUGAGUUUGUCGCAAUGUUUAUAGAGAAAACUGGGUACCCAAUUGUAGAGCCUGCUCAUAUGGAGCUGGCAGAACCAUCAAUACGAGAUGCAUUCCGAUCAUGUGUUCAACGAGGUGCAAAUCGUGUUAUUGUAAGCCCUUUCUUCCUUUUCCCAGGGAGACACUGGAACCAGGAUAUUCCCUCCUUAACUGCUGAAGCUGCAAAAGACUAUCCGGGCGUGUCAUAUAUGAUAACUGCACCUCUUGGACUACAUACACUUCUUGUGGAUGUAUUGGAUGACAGAAUUAAACAUUGUUUAAGCCAUGUAGCUGGAGAUGCGGAUGAGUGUGCAGUUUGUGCGGGAACAGGAAAAUGCCAACUUUAUUAAGUUAUCUAGAUGUAAGUGUUAUGGAAGUGUUACUGUCUUGCUAUGUAAAACAAAAAGUUUCUUCUAGAUUAAUUUUACAUAUUUCAUGCCUCAUUAUUCUCA